UGCUCCCUGCUCUGUUGCUACUCAGUUGUUGUAGUUACCAGGAAGAUUAACCGCGAUGAUCAACUGGCCCUGGUGAUACCAGCUAGCUUAGCAGUUAGCUGGUUCUCAGAGUUAAAGUUGGAGUUGGUAGCUUCAGGUGCCAUGGUGAAACCAAGACACUUGAUCCCAGGGAGAUCUCGCAGCCGGGCAGCUCGUACUCUCUCAAUUUGAAGAUGCCUGCUGUGGUCCGUGUUAAGGAGGACUCUGAGUCCUCCUCAGAAGACGAGCAAGAAGACCAUCCCUGCAUUGCCUGGAGCGGCGUCAGCAAGGCAAUCCCAGUUCUGUUGUUUUUCCCUGAAGCAGCUGUUUCAAAAGAUGGGGAAAUCUGCUCUAUUGGAGAGCGAUAUCAUUUGGCCUUCAAGAUCGUGCGCACAGAGAGCCGCCUGGUACGUGGAAUACUCACCAAUCAUGGAUUCCAUGAGGUUCACCCAAACAGCAAUGACUUUAACCUCAUGUGGACCGGAUCUCACCUCAAACCUUACAUACUACGCAGCCUUCAAGAUUUCCAGAAGGUUAACCACUUUCCCAGGUCGUAUGAAUUGACACGUAAAGACCGCCUAUACAAAAACAUCCAGCGAAUGCAGCAGACGCACGGCUUCAAAAACUUCCACAUCGUUCCUCAGACCUUUGUGCUUCCCUCGGAGUACCAGGAGUUCUGCAAUUGUUUUGCCAAGGACAAAGGACCCUGGAUUAUUAAACCAGUGGCAUCUUCAAGAGGGCGAGGCAUCUACUUAGUCAGCAAUCCAAAUCAGAUUUCAAUGGAUGAGAACAUCUUGGUGUCUCGCUACAUUAAUAACCCACUCCUGAUAGAUGAGUUCAAGUUUGAUGUGCGGUUGUACGUGUUGGUGACAUCAUACGAUCCAGUUCUCAUCUACGUGUAUGAGGAGGGCCUGGCUAGAUUUGCCACAGUCAAGUAUGACCGGACUUCAAAGAACAUAAAGAACACGUUCAUGCAUCUCACAAACUACAGCGUGAACAAAAAGAGCAGCGACUAUGUCAGCUGCGAUGACCCUGAAGUUGAGGAUUAUGGGAACAAGUGGAGUAUGAGUGCACUGUUGAGGUAUUUGAAGCAGGAGGGGAAAGACACCACAUUGCUGAUGAGACAGGUGGAGGACCUCAUCAUCAAAGCUCUUCUGAGUGCUGAGCUACAGAUAGCCACCGCCUGCAAGACGUAUGUUCCCCACAAGACUAACUGCUUUGAACUGUAUGGCUUUGACGUGCUCAUUGACUCCAACCUCAAACCCUGGUUGUUGGAGGUGAAUCUUUCUCCCUCCCUGGCAUGUGAUGCGCCCUUGGAUCUGAAGAUAAAGGCUAGCAUGAUUGCAGACAUGUUUUCACUUGUGGGCUUUGUGUGUCAAGACCCCCUAUCGAGAAAACCACGCUCUGACCGAGUCCCCCUGGACCCCGGCCUCAGGCCCCCAUCAGCAGGGAAAACACAGAAACCUCUUUCUGCACCGACAGCCACUGCACACAGCACAAACAGAAUGCGGCAGAGGCCAGCGUCAGCCAGUAACUCAGAAACAGAGGGGUCCAAAGACAAGCCAGGACCCAAACAAGGCCAAGGAGACAGCACUCUGAGCAUGACUGCUGAGGAGGUCAAAGUGUUGAGGCGGAUAAAGGAAGAGUAUGAACGACGAGGAGGCUUCGUGAGGAUCUUCCCCACCGCAGAAACAUGGGAGAUCUAUGGUGGAUAUCUGGAGUCCAAGACAUCAUUGAACUACAUGUUGGCAAACCGACUUUUCCAUGGAAGGAAUGGGAGUGGGAAUGUGCAGCUGGAGGUGGACGCCGUCCACUGCUGUCACGUCGUCCAGUACGAGAGGAAGCUGCUGUCUCUGGAGGCACGUAAGGCGAGACAGCGCCACCUGACUCAUCGCUCUGCUGAAGCGAAGAAGAAAUCGGGGAAAGAAUCCAAGACCUCCCCAGCUGAGAGCAGCAGUCAGGAGGGAGAGGAGUGCGUUCGGGACGAGAGAGAGUUGGUGAAACAAGCUCUGGAGCGGGUCUCACACAGGGAUUUGGUAGCAGAGCAAAGAAAACAAGUGGCCACACCACUGGAGCGCUGCCAUGGCAACCCUCUGUCCAGCUCAGAGGCAGCCAUGUUCACUGCCAGACCCAGAGUCAACCUGCUCAACAUCCUGCAGCAGGGAUGGGACCUCAGUAAAGUGCAGGCCCGGAUGGCUUUUUCCUCAUACCUGCAGCGAGUCCAGCAAAGGCUGCUGGCAGAAAGCAGAGCCAACGCCAUCCCAGCUUGGCCAGACAAGGACAACGACCAAAUGGAGCUGGUGAUUCGCUUCCUGAGAAGAGCAGCCAGUAACCUUCAACAAGACAUAAAGGUGGUCCUGCCCAGUCGCCAGCUUCCAAUCCAAGACCGCAGACGCAUCCUGUCCCACCAGCUAGGAGAGUUUAUCCACUGUUACAACAAGGAAACCGAACAUAUUGUGAAAAACCAGGAGAACAGCAAAGAAGAGCGUUGUAUUAACCCUGGUGUGUUUCAGGAGUACAUCACUGCUGCAAGUGAAAACGAUCUGGAGGAAGUCCUGACAUUCUACACACAGAAAAAUAAAUCAGCCAAUGUCUUCCUAGGAACCAAAGUAAGGAGUGCUAAGAAAGACGUUCAUGAAGUAAACGCCUCGGGAGAUUCAGGCCACUGUGAGAAUUCCAAAACUCUAUCUGUGGCCAAAGAGGAUUCCAGCGCUUCAGAGUCCUCGCUCUCCACUGGGAAAUUCAGCAGUGACCCGGACAUCAAGGUCACUGAGAGACAGCCUCCUGUCCAUACUGAAGACCAACAGGCAGCAGCUAGAUUUGGUAGAAUCCAGCCAGAAGUCAGGGCCUCCCAGCACUGCUCUGGCUUCCCUGUGACUCUAGACCGCACACAUUUUCCCCUGCAGCACGACUCCCCUGCACCCACGUCCCUGCCUCUUCAUUGUCCGCCACCGCCACCACCUCUUCAGCCGCCAUCCUAUGCACAGUCCCUGUCUAAGUCUCAGUUCUGUCUUUCUGAGACCCUCUGUGACCCUCCUGCGUACACCCCCACCCUCAUGGUCACACAGCCACCAAAAGCAACCUGGACAUUUGCUUCCACUGGCUCUAACACCGCCUGCGCUGGAACACCGACCCAGGUUCUUAGGAGGAUUCAGUCCUUUACCAUGUCAUCUCAGACCUCCGGAGCUACCACUUCCCUCCCGAGUGCCACGCACAUUUAUAGUCAGAAGCUCUCUAGACCCACCUCUGCGGGCCAAGUGAUCAAAAGGAGCAGUUCCAGUAAACUGAAGUCAAACUCAUCAGGGACGAUAAAGGAGUUAAACUCCCAAGCCCAGUCUAACCAGCAGGCCUUCAUCUCAGCGCUCAAGAAGCUGGCUGACAAGCAGGUAGCUCGCCACUAUACCAGCUCCAGUCACAUCAACCUGCUGACACAGCACUUGACCAACCUGAACCUGGCAAACAGGAUGAUGGGCAAAGAGAGCGCCACGCUGAACCCCAAAGUGCGGCCUACUGCUGCAACAACACCAGGGCCGCUGAAGGCUGUGCACUGAGCAGAUCGGUGUUGCAGCACAAGCCACAGGCCGCUGAAGGAUGAGGAGGAUCUGUGGGACGGGCAGAUGCAGAGUGCCUACAGCUUGGUGACAGGAGUGAACCCCCAGCAGCGCUACGAGCCCCCCCAAGGAAGCUACCAGCUGCAGUUUGCAAUCCAGAAACUGCAACAGCAAAGACUUCAGUCUCGACCAUUUCUGGACCAGAGCCACUGCAGACAUCAGGCUCAAUAUCCAGAACAGACAGGUACUCCACUCGCCCCAACCUCAUCCAGCUGCCCUCCGUCCAGCUUUCAUGUUCGAACCAACCACAGUCAUGUCCACAGCCAAACCUGUGUGAGUCCUAUUCUCGCCCCAAAGCCGCCUAGCACUGCCAGAGAGGGACAGAUCAGGAAAACGGCAACAAAGCGCCUCAUCAAGCAGAAGUCCGCGGAGAGUUCAGCCGGUGGCAGUGUGUCCGGCGGGCAGCAUGUGGUCUACGAAGCCAUCUGCGGUAAAACAGGUCUCUCCGUGUACCGCAAGCUGCUCCAGGGCCAGGAGCCCAGUCACAGAUGACAUGAAAGCAACCAGAGGCACGUCCUGCCCCUCUGCUGGCCUGACAGGUGUCUCUGUAUGUAACUACAUCCUCACAGAGGUGUAUUCUGGGAAAGGACAACAGCAGCAGAUGAAAGCAUGCCAGAAAUCGAACAGGGUCUUAUUAAUUUCUCUGUAAUACAGCCACAGACAUGCGAGAGGGUAGUCGACGAGGCCAGGAAUGCCCAGCUUUGACGCAGGUUGAGAUUUUAUUUGCUCAGCACAACAUCAGUUGGCCUUUUCAGCUCCUUACCCUACGUACCCCCUCCCACUUUCCUCACCCCGUUGGCUACGCUCAGUCUAUAUCCCAACAGUUGUCCGCCCUCAUUCUCUCCAUGCUACUGAUGCCACAGAGAGAUUUCACUGACAGAUAGCCUUCAGCAGAUGGUUCCUUAAUGCCCCAGUGGCAUUUUAAUUUCAGGAUCCAACCUUUUAUUCUUUGCUCCUGCAGUAGCAUAUGCACCACUACCCAGUCAUGUAGAUUUUAUCUUUAUAUACAAACGGACAAGCAUACAGAGGAGAUUUUUUUUGUGAGAAGCUUCUGGCAUUACACACCUCGACUUGUUGCCAAAACAUCUGUGCUCAUUGCCUAAGGAUGCGUUAAAGUAGAGAAUGAUUUGCUUGUAGGCGUAAAAAAGAGCAUAAAUAAUGGUGGAUUGCUGCCUUGUUCCACGUUUACAUGGAAAAUGUAACACAAAUAUCAAGAAUGCAGUUGACCUGUGAGUUUCCUGUAAGCUGUUGAGAUGUAGAUGUUUUUCUUCGACGGACCAAAUGUAAACUGUUGAGUUUAUUAAGUAAAUUAUUGUAGUUGUAUUAGUAUUUAUUCAAUAAAUAUUGUCCACCAAAAGGCCUUUUGGCCGUUUCUGUAGCUUGAAGCAUAACAUAAAGAGGAAUUAAGGUUACGCUCAGCCUUGCCUACAGUAUAUGAAGGUUAAUGCUGCACCAGCAAAUCAAUAUCUGUGUAGGUAGUAUGUUGUUUGAGACCAUAUAGUGAGUUAACUCAGGGCGUGUUAAUAGAAUAAAACAUCUGUGUUAUAUAUCAAUAGAUUCAGAAUAUGUUUAUGAUGACUUUGUCAGAAAUACUUGAAUGUCAUGCAUGUCAUAUCCACUGAUGAUUAUCAUCACAGUGAUUUUGCACAUAUGAUAGUUCUCCAUGCAGACCAGAAAUGGUUUUAAUACACUUGAAAGUAUUUCUAUUGUAUUUUGUAGUGAUCCAUGGCAAACUUAAUGUUGUGGUCUACUUUACUACACCAGUGCAUGCUGUGUCACAGAUAUUCAGCAUUGGAAUCCAAAUCAAUGUAUAUUCUCCUGUGGUGAUACAAAGUUGUUUACAGUCUGAUCGUUUGAUCUGUUGUGUCGCUGAUGUUUACAACACACAUGCAUGGACAUGUAAUGUUUUUGGAAUCAUCUUGGUAUCAACCAACAUUGAAAUGAAUACCUAGAAAACAUUAAAACAUGCUAAUAAUGUCAGUAAAUGUAUGU